GAUUCAAAUUAAUCUUGCGCGGGCGCUUUGUAAUGCCUGAAAAAUCAAUACAAUCACCUGAAAAUGUCAACAUAAACAAUUGUCAUAUUGAAGCAAAUUAACUUAAAAUUAUUUAAAAUAAACAUGAAGUUAACAAUAAAACGCUACCGUGUAAUGCUGGCAUUACAAACAGUGCUAUUUCUUGUCGAUUUUUUUAUCAACAUAUUUUCGGUCCUUGUGCGGCAAAAUAACGGGCUCUCUUUAAUACUACUGAUAAUCCAGUGUGCGUGUCUUGUUAUAUCGCUGGGCACACUAUUUGUGUCGUUUUUUUCAACUUAUGCUUUCCAAGCCGGUCUUAUUGACCUUCUCUAUGAAAAAUUCCAUGUCAGCUUGAUCAUAUUUUUAUUGUAUUUUUUCAUGACUAUUUUUCUUCAAAUAUGGUUUUUGGUCGUCCAGUGGAAUAACACGGCGAAGUUUGUUUGGACCACCCCACUUUUUGUCCUAUUUAUCGGCCAAAGAACUCUGACUCCGAUCUACUACUACUUCUACAAGCGCACAAGUUUGCGAAUAAGCGACCCGCGGUUCUACGAGGACGUUUGGAAUCAAAACCGCAUUGAAAACUCUCAAUAAAGUCAUAAAAUUAA